AUGUUUCAUCAGCUGCUCAAGCUAGUUCAGAAGGAGAGGGGAGACCAAGGAGAGACCAGACUGAGGCAGAAGAAAGCUGGCCUCCUGUCUUGGUUUAUUCGGAAGGCAUCAUCAGAAAAUUUCAUCAGUAACCAUGAAAAGCGUAUAAAGAAAUUGGAGGAACUAAAACUUGAAAUCCAGAAGUGUAAAAUUGAGCGGGAUGAACUUUCUCGAAUCCUGGACCUUUAUGUCAAUGAUGGUUUGAACUACAGGCUGAGUGUUGAAUUGCCAAUGCUUAAAUCCCAACAUGAGAUGAGAACGAUGGAUAUGCAUAAGAUGACCAACUGGAUAAGUGAUGCCAUGGAGAAGUACAAGGAGCUCACACAAGAAAAUAAUUCCUACCGCAUCAGAAACUUCCACCUCCUGAGAGAAUGCAAUGAAUUGAAGAAGAAUGUAAGGAUUUUGAUGAAUGAGAACAGAAAACUGCUGGUGGAGCAGACUGAACUGCAAGCAUCCUGUGAGAUGAGAAUGGGAAAGAGGUUCUGUGAGGAGGCCAGCAAGACCAUCUACACCGCAGAUAUUGGAUCCUUGUGUCCUGUUACUUUUGAGUAA